CUCGGCGGUGACAUCUGUGAGCAGUGGACGGAGGAAGGGUCUGUGUGGGGCCCGAGAGGGCUCAGGAAAUCUGCGAAAACAAUGGACGUCCGUGCGGAGGGCCGGGGGUGACAUAGACAGUGCCCGGCGCCGGCGGCGGAGGGGGCGAGCGCAGGCCGGACGCGGGCAGGGACUUGGGCUCGGGACCCCGCCGGCCGGCGUGCGUGUGGUCAGCGCGGCGGUCCUCCCGCGGCCCCGCGCGGCCCGGCGGGGCUCGGCCUCCCGCUCACUCAGAGGCGGUUCUCGGCCCCCAUUGGCUGCUGCUGCAGCAGGAGGGCGGGGCUCCGCUGCCCGGAAAAAAUGUAACUGCGUAAAAAAGUCCUCGCCUGGGUGACGGAUGCUCAAAAGUUCAGAAGUUUUCCAAUGCUUCCUUAAGCGGCCCGCGCGCGAGAGACUGAAAAAAAAAGGUGACGCGGGGCCCGGGAAGGCGGCCGGCGCGCGGCCCCCCGCCCUGGUGAUUUGGCCGCCUUCGCCGGCGGCUGGGGCAGUCUCCUGGAAGGAGCAGGCGGUGUGGCGAGAAGGGCGCCUUCUUGUUUUUUCAGUUUUGGCUCUUUUUUCCGUUCUCGCCUGGAAGUGGCUCCGCGAGUUCCUUCAAGGCCGUCUGCCGCGUCCUGGUCCGGCCCUCUCCCUUAGCACCGACCCUCCUCCGCGGCCGGCGCCGGCCCCGCAGUGGCUGGAGGCGCCCCGGGAGCCCGAGCGAGCGCAGGGAGAGGCCGCGCGCAGCUGGCGGCUCGGGGAGGCGGCGGCGGCCCGACACCAGCUCCGCGAGGCCCGGACUCGGACUGCGCGGCCGGCGGAGCGCGGCCGACCUGAGCGAGGGUGGGGGGCGGCGGGCGGCGCGGGGCGGCGGCGAGCGGGGGCCAUGCAGGCGCGCUACUCCGUGUCCAGCCCCAACUCCCUGGGAGUGGUGCCCUACCUCGGCGGCGAGCAGAGCUACUACCGCGCGGCGGCGGCGGCGGCCGGGGGCGGCUACACCGCCAUGCCGGCCCCCAUGAGCGUGUACUCGCACCCAGCGCACGCCGAACAGUAUCCGGGUGGCAUGGCCCGCGCCUACGGGCCCUACACGCCGCAGCCGCAGCCCAAGGACAUGGUGAAGCCGCCCUAUAGUUACAUCGCGCUCAUCACCAUGGCCAUCCAGAACGCCCCGGACAAGAAGAUCACCCUCAAUGGCAUCUACCAGUUCAUCAUGGACCGCUUCCCUUUCUACCGGGACAAUAAGCAGGGCUGGCAGAACAGCAUCCGCCACAACCUCUCACUCAACGAGUGCUUCGUCAAGGUGCCCCGCGACGACAAGAAACCGGGCAAGGGCAGCUACUGGACGCUGGACCCGGACUCGUACAACAUGUUCGAGAACGGCAGCUUCCUACGGCGGCGGCGGCGCUUCAAGAAGAAGGACGCCGUGAAGGACAAGGAGGAGAAGGACCGGCUGCACCUCAAGGAGCCGCCGCCGCCGCCCCCCGGCCGCCAGCCUCCGCCCGCGCCGCCGGAGCAAACCGACGGCACGGUGCCUGGACCGCAGCCGCCGCCUGUGCGCAUCCAGGACAUCAAAACCGAGAACGGUACGUGCCCCUCGCCGCCCCAGCCCCUGUCCCCGGCUGCCGCCCUGGGCAGCGGCAGCGCCGCCGCGGUGCCCAAAAUCGAAAGCCCCGACAGCAGCAGCAGCAGCCUGUCCAGCGGGAGCAGUCCCCCGGGCAGCCUGCCGUCCACGCGGCCUCUGAGCUUGGAUGGCGCGGAGCCCGCGCCACAGCCACCGCCCGCACAGCCCGCGCCGCCGCCGCACCACAGCCAGGGCUUCAGCGUGGACAACAUCAUGACAUCGCUGCGGGGAUCGCCGCAAGGCGCGGCCGCAGAGCUCGGCUCGGGCCUCCUGGCGUCGGCGGCCGGGUCCUCGCGCACGGGCAUCGCACCCCCGCUGGCGCUGGGCGCCUACUCGCCGGGCCAGAGCUCCCUCUACAGCUCCCCCUGCAGCCAGAGCUCCAGCGCCGGGAGCUCGGGAGGGGGCGGCGGCGGUGGGGGUGGCAGCGCAGGGGGCGCCGGGACCUACCACUGCAACCUGCAGGCCAUGAGCCUGUAUGCGGCCGGGGAGCGCGGUGGCCACUUGCAGGGCGCGCCUGGGGGCGCCGGCGGAUCAGCCGUGGACGACCCCCUGCCCGACUACUCUCUGCCCCCGGUCACUAGCAGCAGCGCCUCCUCCCUGAGUCACGGCAGCGGUCAGGAGGCCGGCCACCACGCCGCAGCCCACCAAGGCCGCCUCACCUCGUGGUACCUGAACCAGGCGGGCGGAGACCUGGGCCACCUGGCCAGCGCGGCGGCGGCGGCGGCGGCGGGCUACCCCAGCCAGCAGCAGAACUUCCACUCGGUGCGGGAGAUGUUCGAGUCGCAGAGGAUCGGCCUGAACAACUCUCCAGUGAACGGGAACAGUAGCUGUCAGAUGGCCUUCCCUUCCAGCCAGUCUCUGUACCGCACAUCCGGGGCUUUCGUCUAUGACUGUAGCAAGUUUUGACACCCCCAUCUCAAAGCCGAACUGAAUCGAACCCCAGCACAGGAACAACCAAAAGAACCAUCAAUGCAAAAUCGAAACCAAAAAAAAAAAAAUCCAAUUUAAAAAAUCUUGAAAAAUAUUCACCAAACCAGCGAACAGAAUCCCUACAAAAGUCAACUCACCAGCACACAAAAAACUAUUUUCUUAAAAGAUUAAUUGAGAGCCACCUCCACUUUGCCUUAUCUAAAUAAACAAAACCAUAAACCAUUUUACACAGAGACAGCAAAAUCAUGGUUUAUUAAAGGACAGUGUUACUGCAGAUAACACGUAAGUUUCUUCUUGCUUUUAAGAGAGCACGCUUUCCUUUUCCUCCUCUCUCCCAUGCCCUGGCCCUUUUCCUUCCCUCACCUCUCACCUGUAAGAUAUUAUUUUAUCCUAUGUUGAAAGGAGGGGAAAAGUCCCCGUAUAUGAAAAUCGCUUUCUUUUUAUUCAUGGACUUGUUUUUAAAUGUAAAUUUCAACAUAGUAAUUUAUUUUUAAUUUGUAGUUGGAUGUCGUGGACCAAACGCCAGAAAGUGUUUCCAAAACCUGACGUUAAAUUUCCUGAAACUUACAUUGUGCCUUUUUUUCAUUAUAAAAAGGGAAACUGUAUUAAUCUUAUUCUAUCAUCUUUUCUUUCUUUUUGUUGAACAUAUUCAUUGUUUGUUUAUUAAUAAAUUACCAUUCAGUUUGAAUGAUA